GAACAAGACAUUUAACAGUUGACAAGAUGGUGCAGCUUCCAAAAAGCAUUUACUUGGCUCUCCUAAUCACUCUUGCUACAGUUAACCUUAUGAUUCCGGAAAAUCUCUAUGUCAACGGUGAUAAAACUUGCUAUGUUGAUCCGGUAGAUAAACAUCUCCCAUGUGAAGGUGCAGUUCCGUUGGGGCAAAUUUGUAUACCCACAUGUAUUAAGCAAUUUGGACCAGGUUCAUCUGGAACGUGUUCAUGGGAUACUCCUGACAAACACUGUCGCUGUUAUUAUGUAGCACCUACAUGCCCUUAAUUUUUCAAUAUAAGCAAUUGUAAUAAUGUACCCACAUUCCAUUUUAUUAGUUUAGUUAUAAAAAGGAAACUUUGUUUUCCCAUUGUCGCCAAUGAUAAAAGGUGUGUUAUGAAUUAUUAGUUCAUCUCGAGUGUGUUCAUGAGAUAUUCUCGACAACCAUUGUACGUUGCUGUUAUAAUGUAG